CGUUAAUCCUGAUUAUGGAGAGAAAAAGGCAGAGGGAUGCAGGAUGGGGUCUCUGCCACGGAGCCUCAUCCUGCCGUUUAAUGUUUCUGCACAGACUGGAUGAUGCGCAUUGUAGUUUGGACUCUCUGAGGACUGGGUGGACUGGUUUCUGAAGGUCUGACCUGUGGGAGUGAGGAUGGAAAAACAAUGAAACUGAGGGAGAGUUGAACUUCAGCUUCACCAUGGAGAGCAGAGGUUUGAUGGGAAAGAGAGGGGCCGGGGGCUCCAUCAAACGCUCCUCCAUCAAACGCAGCGCAUCAUCCGGAUCACAGAGGAUUCAUAGAGCCUGGAUUGAGAGAACCUUCCAGAAACGGGAAUGUAUCCAGAUUAUUCCCAGCAAAGACGUGACCAGGUGCAGUUGUGGUCAGCUGUUAACACAACACACUUCUCUCCCACCUGGAGCUAAAGAAGAUGGCGCUCCAUUGGUUCAGAUCGAGGCCCCUCCUACAGAACGCUGGAGCGCCCUCAAACACACCCAGGCCCUGCCCACCGAUGCAUACGGGGUCGUGGAGUUUCAGGGAGGGGGCCAUGUCAACAAAGCCAUGUACAUCCGAGUUGCCUACGACUCCAAACCUGACAACCUGCUCCACCUGAUGGUCAAGGACUGGCAGCUGGAGCUCCCCACACUGCUCAUCUCUGUCCAUGGAGGCUUGCAGAACUUUGACCUACCACCCAAACUGAAACAGGUGUUUGGGAAGGGUCUGAUCAAGGCUAGUGUCACCACCGGAGCCUGGAUUUUCACUGGUGGAGUUAGCACAGGGGUGAUCCGCCAUGUUGGGGAUGCUCUAAAAGAUCACUCAUCGAAAUCGAGAGGGAAGGUCUGCGCUAUUGGCAUUGCACCAUGGGGGAUCAUAGAAAAUAAGGAAGAUCUUAUUGGAAAAGAUGUGACGCGGCCCUACCAGACCAUGUCCAACCCCCUCAGCAAACUGUCAGUCCUCAACAGCAGCCACUCUCACUUCAUCCUGUCCGACAAUGGGACGUGUGGAAAGUACGGAGCUGAGGUCAGGCUUCGCCGCCAGCUGGAGAAACACAUUUCCCUCCAGAAAAUCAAUACACGUCUGGGUCAAGGAGUCCCCGUGGUGUGUCUGAUUUUGGAGGGUGGUCCCAAUGUGAUCUCCAUUGUGUUGGAGAGCCUGAAGGAGGAGCCUCCGGUCCCUGUGGUGGUUUGUGACGGUAGUGGACGAGCCUCGGACAUCAUUUCCUUUGCACAUAGAUACUGUGAGGAGGAUGGAUUGGUGAGUGACAAUGUUAAAGAUCAGCUCCUGGUCACCAUCCAGAAAACCUUCAACUACAGCCGCAGCCAAGCGCAGCAGAUCUUCCUCAUGGUCAUGGAAUGCAUGAAGAAGAAGGCUCUGAUCACAGUGUUUCGUAUGGGUUCAGAGGGACAGCAGGACAUUGAGAUGUCCAUCCUGACCGCUCUGCUUAAAGGUACAAACGCCUCUGCAUCGGACCAGCUGAGUCUGGCUCUGGCCUGGAACAGAGUGGACAUCGCCCGCAGUCAGAUCUUUGUCUAUGGACACCACUGGCCUCCUGUGACCGCGCAGCCCACUGAUCGACCUAAAAGCCCAACAGCCGUUCAGCGCAGUGCACCAGCAGCCCCCAAAGGGAAAGCCAAAGGGAAGAAGGGAAAAGGAGCCAAAGCCAAACCUGAACCACCUGAAGAGACCGACCCCAGGAAACUGGAGCUGCUCAACUGGGUGAACUCUCUGGAACAGGCCAUGAUGGAUGCUCUGGUGCUGGACAGGGUGGACUUUGUCAAACUGCUGAUAGAAAAUGGAGUCAACAUCCACCACUUCCUCACUAUUCCCCGUCUGGAGGAGCUUUACAACACGAAGCUGGGACCAGCCAAUACCCUGCACUUUGUGGUCAGAGACGUGAAAAAGGGGAAUCUGCCACCAGAUUACCAGAUCACACUGAUUGACAUCGGCCUGGUGCUAGAGUUCCUGAUGGGCGGGGCCUAUCGGUGUAAUUACACCCGGAAGACUUUUCGGACCCUUUAUAACAACCUGUACGGCCUGAAAAGACCUAAAGCUCUGAAACUUCUGGGAAUGGAGGAUGAUGAACCUCGCCCGAAGGGUAAAGGAAAGAAAAACAAGAAGAAAGAGGAGGAGAUUGACAUUGACGUCGACGACCCUGAGGUCAGCCGUUUCCAGUACCCCUUCCACGAGCUGAUGGUGUGGGCUGUACUGAUGAAACGUCAGAAGAUGGCGCUGUUUCUGUGGCAACGGGGCGAGGAGGCCAUGGCCAAAGCCCUGGUGGCCUGUAAGCUCUACAAGGCCAUGGCCCAUGAGUCGUCUCAGAGCGAACUGGUGGACGACAUCUACCAGGAUCUGGAGAACAACUCCAAGGAGUUUGGUCAGUUAGCCUACGAGCUGCUGGAUCAGUCCUACAAACACGAUGAACAGGUCGCCAUGAAGCUGCUCACCUACCAACUGAAGAACUGGAGUAACUCCACCUGCCUGAAGCUGGCCGUGGCAGCAAAGCACAGAGACUUCAUCGCUCACACGUGCAGCCAGAUGCUGCUGACCGACAUGUGGAUGGGCUGCCUGAGGAUGGGCAAGAGCAACAGCCUCAAGGUGAUUUUGGGAAUCAUUUUCCCACCUGGCAUCCUCCUUAUGGAUUUCCGUAUUGGAGAUGAGGCCAUGCAUCAAUCCUCCAAGGAGAAUGAAGACGGAAAAGGAAAAGAUGAUGACAAGUCCAGCAAGGAUGCAGUCUCAAAUGUCGACACUACUUCAAAGAAAGGUGAUGAAGAGGAAAACCAGAAGGAACACAAGAGGAGGAUUCCUAUUGGAAAGAAGAUUUAUGAGUUUUACAACGCUCCCUUCACCAAGUUCUGGUUCAACACGAUUUCGUACCUGGUUUACCUGAUGUUGUAUAACUACAUCAUCCUGGUAAAAAUGGAACGAUGGCCGUCGCUGCAGGAGUGGAUCGUCAUCUCGUACAUCAUCACUCUGGGACUGGAGAAAGUCCGACAGAUCCUGAUGUCUGAACCUGGAAAGCUGAAGCAGAAGAUCAACGUGUGGCUGGAGGACUACUGGAACAUCACCGACCUGGCAGCCAUCUCCGUCUUCCUGAUGGGUCUGCUGCUUCGGCUGCAGAGCGAGCCCUACAUGGGCUACGGCCGCGUCAUCUACUGCGUCGACAUCAUCUUCUGGUACAUCCGCGUCCUUGACAUCUUCGGGGUCAACAAGUACCUGGGUCCCUACGUCAUGAUGAUCGGAAAAAUGAUGAUUGACAUGCUGUACUUCGUGGUGAUCAUGCUGGUGGUGCUGAUGAGCUUCGGUGUGGCGCGACAGGCCAUCCUUCACCCGGACGAAGAGCCCACCUGGCGUCUGGCUCGAAACAUCUUCUACAUGCCGUACUGGAUGAUCUACGGCGAGGUGUUUGCAGACUCCAUAGACCUCUAUGCCAUGGAAAUCAACCCUCCCUGUGGAGAGAACAUGUACGAUGAGGAUGGGAAGAAGCUUCCACCCUGUAUCCCUGGAGCCUGGCUCACUCCGGCCAUCAUGGCCUGUUACCUGCUGGUGGCCAACAUCCUACUGGUCAACCUGCUCAUCGCUGUCUUCAACAACACCUUCUUCGAAGUGAAGUCCAUCUCCAAUCAGGUCUGGAAGUUCCAGCGAUACCAGCUCAUCAUGACCUUCCACGACCGUCCCAUUCUUCCUCCACCGCUCAUCAUCCUCCCUCACAUCUACAUUGUCCUCAAGCGUCUGUGCUGUCACUGCAAACGAAAGCAGGAAGGCGAACAUGACGACCGGGAGCGAGGACUCCAGCUGGUGCUGAAUGCAGAGGAGUUGAAGAGUCUCCAUGAGUUUGAGGAACAGUGUGUGGAGGAGUAUUUCCGUGAAAAAGAUGACGAAAAACAGUCGUCUAACAAUGAACGAAUCAGAGUGACAUGUGAAAGGGUGGAGAACAUGUUCAUGCGCCUGGAGGAGGUGAAUGAGAGGGAGCACUCCAUGAAGGCCUCUCUGCAGACUGUUGACCUCCGCCUAUCUCAGCUGGAGGAGUUCUCUGGCCGAAUGAUGAAUGCGGUGGAAAAGUUGGCGGGCAUCGACCGAUCCGAGCUUGUACGUACACAUUCCAGAGGCUCGUCGAUCUGUGAACCAAGCACUCUACUGCGCCACAGCAGCAUCAACAGCUGCGACGGCUACAGCCUCUACCGCUACCAGUUGGACAAUGACGGGCCUGGAGACGCAGACGAGAAGAGAAACCAGCUCAGCCCAGAGAGACGAGGGAACGCAAGCGAGGGAGCAUCAGGAGAUGGAAACCCCCCUGUGAAGGAGUAUGGGCUGACCCUUGAAGUGACGAGAGCAAAGGAUCGGACUCAGUCUGUAUCCAACGUCGACAUCCUGAUCUCCCCAUGUGACUCAGAGCAGAAACCAGACCAGGCCCCUUCAAUGCCAGUAGAACCUCAGCCCAUCCCCGUUGAGUCCAGCCCUGAAAAUACUGGGGAGUCUGCAGAGAAAACCGAGGAGUCUGCAGAGAAAACCAAACUGGAAGCCGCAGUGUCGUAUCCUCUGGACACGUCAAAGGUGAUGCAGUAUUUACCCUCACCAUCUCUCAGCGGAUCGGCAACAUCCCGCCCAAGAUCCAUGAGCACCAUCGCAUACAAUCCUGCAGAUCGGAAUGAAGAGGCAACCUGGGCGGCCAGUUUCACACCGUCAACCUCAGAACAGGGAACAAAAUCUCCCAGCAUGCCACGCUGGGGGUCUUGUUUUGAGUACAAAGUUCAUCCUUCCCCAUUUGGUCACAUGCCCACAGUGACAGUGGAGAGGGUUGGUGAUAAAGAAACUGGUGAUCAGGACGCUGACGGGACAACAUCCAAACAGUCCAGUGGAGAUCAAGGAGACGGUAACCGUGACAACCAGGAGGGGGAUUCAGAAAAUGUGAUGAUGGCAGAUGACAGGAUGUACCCGACGCUGAGGUCAAAAAGUCUGAACACAAACCCCAGGAAGGGACGCACAAAGAAAAAGGACAGCGAUGACAAACCACGCUCGGCCAGCAGCGUCAAAGACCUGGUGGCUGCGUUCGGUGGUGGAACAGGAAGUCAACAGCCCAAAGACUCAGACUGAGACAUCUGACCUCUUCAAACCUUUUACACCAGCAGAAACUUACUCAGUAAACUGCAGUAUGAACAAGUCAAUUAACAAUGGUCUUUACAAGCAAAAGCAACAAGAAUAAACUAGUGUUGCCAACUUGGUUUUCUUGAUAGGUUUUCUAAUGCCAUUUUAGGAAUUAAAUCAAAAUGUUUACCUAGUGACAAAUCAAGCAACCUUUUUGGGCAGAUUCAGCUCUUCAAGCUCCUGUGAUACUUCCAGUAUAUCAUCAUGUCAAUACAAAUUGAAACAGUGACACAAAUUUUGUAAUAUUUCCUCUAUUCACUACCAUAAAUACAGCCAUAACACUGCCUCCACCUUGUUAGCCCCAUGACAUGGUCUGCUUUGGAUCAUGAGCUGAUUCUGUCCUUCUCUAGGUUUCUCUGACCACCAGUCUGGUACAAGUUCAUCUUGGUUUCAUCUGUCCCGAGAAUCUUUUUCCAAAGCUAUCCACAAGAUGCUAUGGGUGAGCUAAUGCUAAUAUUGGCUUAAUCAUAAGGUAAACAGUAAACAUCUAUUAACAUCUGAGUAAAGAAAAAAAGUAAUUUGAUUCUCUUAUUAGUAUAACUACAACCACAUCUACAAGAGAGAUGAGAUCAGGCAAAAUACAGUAUGUUUAAUUCAAUAAAAAGAAACACUCCAAAGUACAACUCAGCCACAGUCUAGCUGUCAUAAACAUGUCAAUCAAAGCCUGACACAGAUGUCAAAGCUUGCAUUUGACCUGAAAUCUUCUUAAAGAAGCAGUACUGUAAAGAUAGGCACAUACAACACUUAUCAAUGAUUAUCAAUGAGACCAGAAAACCUGAGAACUUCU